CGAAGUGGCUCCGAUGGCGAAAAACACUCUUUCGUCGCGAUUCAGGAAACUCGACAUAGAUGAAUUUGAUGAGAACAAAUUCGUGGAUGAUCACGAUGAGGUUGUCGAUAAUCAAGGACCGGACGCCGCGGAGAUAGACAACCUCAUCAGGCAAUAUCCUUUACGUUCAUGCGCAUGCCCCCCAUGUUAACUAGCACAUUUAGCUAACAGAUAGCCUCGGCGAUUUGAUGUGAUUUUGUUUUUAAUCCAAAACCCAAAUGCUCAACAUAGCUUUUGUGUUCGUGCUGACAAAUGUAUCUUGCUAGCUAGCUUAGUUGAUGUUGUGUAAAUAUGUAUGUUUAGGUUGUUAACUAGCUAGCCAAUGGAGGAUAUAUCUGGCUGAACAGUCCUUAGCUCUGGUCCAGACCAGGGCGCCCUCCAGAGCUACCUAAACCCGAGACUCUUGGAUGUCUUAGCUAUUUGCUAACUAACAGUUAGCUAGGUAGUUAUGUCUAAACAUAGUUGCCUAUAACUAGCAUGCAAAGCACACACAGUUGCUCCAGUAUCGAUUAGGGAAAUCACUGUGCCAUUUGAUUUGGGUGAGGCAGGAGUUUCAGAGUGUCAGUUGGGUCAACAUGGCCCCUUUAAUAAGGGCCUUAUGUCGAGGUAUGUUUAUUUCGAGUGAGCCACAUUCAGGGCAGUGACACCAGGUCAGGAUUAGCUUGAAGCCAGUAAAAUAUAUAUUUUCCCCCCCACGUUAUAAGGUGGUAUAGCUAUCUAUCUCUCUGCGCUUGAUCCUCUGCGUCAUUCUGCUCCAUUUGAGAGGAAUCAUUUGGGAAUAUGGUUGGUCUGGCUGUUUAUGAUCGGACACCUCUAUGGCUGCGUUUACACAGGCAGCCCAACUGAUAUUUUGACCAAUUAGAUAAGCUCUGAAAAAGAUCUGACGUGAUUGGUCAAAAGACCAAUUCCUGGAAGAAUAUCAGAAUUGGGCUGGCUGUGUAACCGCAGCCUAAGGUCUCAAGAGAUCUCACAUUGGAUGCUGGCAUCAAAACCCUCCCUGAUAUCGGUCUGUUUCUGUUGGUCGAAAAACAUUUGAGAUGCAUUAUGUGUUCCUGCCCCUUAAACCUAUUUAGGAUAUGACAAUAGGAAGUAUUACAUUCCUUAACCGACUAAUGCACAGGAGACAUGAUGACAGCUUUUCACAUUGCUCUCCGGAACCCUCCUGUCAACUCUAAGAAUCCAGCAAUAAAGGUAAUGGGCCAAGAUGUGAAUCAAAUCUGAAAUUGUACUCUUGCAUCAUGUAACUUUGUGGGAAGCUCCUUUUGUCAAUAUUGACAUUGGUUUAGAAUGCUAGUGUAACAGAGUUAAGAACGUACCGUAAGCCCACUCCACAGCUAGCUUGAAAUGUCGCGGAUGGAGCCAUCCAAUUGGUACCUUUUGGGUGGCUCAAACCAUUGGAAUGUUGUCAAGGAGGGCGGUCACGCGUGUUAGCAAAGCAGAGGUCCCGAGUUCAAGCCAGGCAUGAGCCGAAUCUGGUGCAAGUGGUACUCGCCAACAAGCAACGUCGUAACACUAGCUCAUGGCAGGAGGCUUAGCAAGCAUCCAAAAAAUGUUGCCUGCCUCUCAUGGGAAUCUGCACUGAUGUAAAUAACUUUCGUAAACAUGCUCUCUCUCUUGCUGUCUUGCAGGAAAGGGCUCUGGCAAUAGUGCUGAGAGUGUUGACGUCAUUCAAGUCCGGCGAUAUUGAGCCAGCCGUCAAGUCGCUUGACAGAAGUGGGGUGGACCUGCUUAUGAAGUACAUAUAUAGAGGCUUCGAGAAGCCCUCUGACAAUAGCAGUGCCAUUCUCCUACAGUGGCAUGAA